CCGAUUCAAUCCCCUUGAAACCAUAAUUUUCCAUUGCGCCGGUCAAUCUAUCAACCGCCUUCAAUUGUGAGCCGCGCACCGUGGUGACUACGCUGAGAAUAACUGUCUACUCGAUCACAGUGGUGUACGCGUGCUGAAGUUUCCGCGCGUCUGCGUUCAGACCGCGACCGGCUUGAGCCAUGUCGCAAUUGCAGGAGGAUCCAGCCACUGUUCUCGAGCAGUUCGUGCACGAUGUGGCUAAUCUGCCCGCAGAGAUCAACCAUUUGAUGGAGGAGAUUCAGGCCAAAGACAAGACCAUUCAAGAAUGUCGAACGACGAUCAAUUCGCGUGACAGCAGCCUUCAGAAAUUCAUCAAACUCAACGGUAGCCUGACCCCCAACCCGAAGGAAGAGCAAUACAGCAAGACGAUCCUCCAGAACCUCGACAAGUCUCAACUCCUGCAGGAUGAGAAGAUUCAACUCAGCGAGAAAGCGUGCGUCCUCCUGGACCGCCAGAUCAAACGCCUGGACAUUGCGAUCCAUAAAUUGCAAAGCAAUGGCAUGCUCUCGAAUGACCCUCCGCUCCCCUCCCUAUUCAACAACAAAGACCAGUACCGCGACCCCCCGCGAAUCUUCUUCCCGGACUCAACCGUCGACGCCGCAGCCGCCUCUUCCUCCCCGACCGCCGCAGCACACGCCAACGGCGGCGGCGGCUCCUCCUCCGCCUCGGGCGGCGCCGCGAACCUCAUCCUAGGCGCAACCCAGCGCCUCAACCAGACCUUCGGCCGCAACGCCGCCGCCGCUGCCGUGCUGAGCUCCCCGUCCGCAGUUCGCUCCUCCGCACCCGCCACCCCAUCCGGCACAGCGCACUUCCAGCAACGACACCAGCGCGAAUCCUCCGCCGGCGCCGUGGAGAACAAGCGGCGCCGUUUGAACGCCUCCCUCGGUACCCUUCCCGCCGCUUCCUCCAACCUUCGGCAGUCCUCACUGGGCCCCGGUACCCCCAAGGGCGGUGGCACACCCGCCUCCAGCCGUGCCGGCAGCGCCGGGCCCCGCAGCUCCUCCUCGACUACCAAAAAGGCCCUCACCAAGAAGGUGGCGCCGCACCAGCAGCUCAAGAAACUCAAGGCCGGAGGCGGCUCUGCCGGUGGCGGUCCGAAUGGGAAACACGCCAAGCGCUCUUCCAGUGCCAGCGGCCGUCUCAAACUCUCGAAGAAAUCUUCCCCGUCAGCGGCGCCCGGUGGCGGCGGCGGGGGCAAUGGCGAUGAAGAAGACGAGGAUGACUCCCUGCUUAGCAGCGCCGAUAUGUCGGACUCGGAGCAUACUGACGCCCGUGGCGGUGCCGGCGGGAUGGGCGGUGCCGGCGGGGAUGACGAUGUGGAUGACGAGGAGGAGGAUGAGGGCAACGAGGAUACCAAGGUUUAUUGUACGUGCCGUAGCGUCAGCCAUGGGGAUAUGGUGGCGUGCGACAACGAAGAUUGCGAGUUUGAGUGGUUCCAUUGGAAGUGUGUCGGUUUGACGAGGGAGCCGGUCGGCAAGUGGUAUUGUCCGCAGUGUUCGGCCAAGUUGGGGGCGUGAUCUUUGUGUUUUUCGAGUGCGCGUGUGUCUUCGCACUGUAUAUGUUGUAUCUAUACCCUUUUCAUGUUCUGACUCGGUUUAGCCCCCUUUUGACAUACUGUUUGUUUCUCUCCCUUUGCUCGGGUUGCGGCCAUGACUAGUGCCGUUAGUCUUCCUUGGGAUACACAUUUACGACUUAAGUUGAUAUAUCCAGACGUACCACGUGAUAAGAACAAGAGUCCAACAUGC